GGCUCACCUACUGCGCAAGCGCUAGCGCCUCUCUUCUCAUUUCUUCACGCGACAGCCAAAAUGUCCACACACAAAAAGAAGACCAGGAAGCUUCGAGGACAUGUCAGUCACGGACAUGGACGUAUUGGAAAGCACAGAAAACAUCCUGGUGGUCGCGGUAACGCUGGUGGUAUGCACCACCAUCGAAUUAAUUUCGACAAAUACCAUCCGGGUUACUUUGGAAAGCUUGGUAUGAGGAAUUAUCAUUUGCGGCGUAAUUCGAAGUGGUGCCCUACCUUAAAUUUAGACAAACUCUGGACCCUCGUUUCCGAACAGACCAGACUUAAGUACAAGGAUAAUAAAGAUGGCAAAGCUCCCGUCAUCGAUCUCGUCAAAGCGGGAUAUUACAAACUCCUAGGAAAAGGAAGAUUGCCCAAACAACCCGUUAUCGUUAAGGCCAAAUUCUUCAGUAAACAGGCAGAAGACAAGAUCAAGGCUGUUGGUGGCGCUUGCGUCCUUUCCGCUUAAAUCUGGUGGCGCAACUUGACCAGACUGGAAACCGGCGUACUUUUUUUGUGCUUCAAAAUGUACAUUUUACAUCUAUGUACUAUUCGUAAUAAAAAGAGGAAAGAAAAUCUA